AUUUUUUACAGUUAAAGAAUGAACCUUAGUUAUGAUUUAGCAACAGUCACAAAUCCUGUAGACGAUGUUCCUCCCUUAGGAUUGUCAGUUUGUUAACAAGUUUACUUGGAAUUAACAAUGUUGGGAAUGAUAGGCAUUCCAUGGAUAAGUUUGAAAUUUAGUUAAUGAAUAAUAGCCCUUUCCAUAACAACUUCGGCACUUUUGUGUUUACUAACUUACAUGAUGCUAAUAAUACUAGUAAUUUACUUUUACAUUUUUUUUAUGGCUCAAGGAAAAAGAGUUUUGGAAUUUUACAUGGCAGGUAUAAUAAAUAAAAUAAUGAGGGUGAAUUCAUCUUCAAAAAGGAGAAUACUCAACUUUUGAUUUUGUCUACAAUCAUCACAUUCAUUUCUUUCUUCACUCUUACUAUAUUGUUUCUCUCUUCAUAAAACACGAAACUCUAUAAAUCAUACUUCGAUGAAUCAAACACUUCAUAUAUGGUGUUAUUUUUGACAUUAUUCGUUAUUGGUUUAGGAAUAUUGGAGGAGUAUUAUUGGAGAAGUAAUUAAAUUAAUUAAGGCUUCUAGAUUUUUUGAUCAAAACACUUCCAUCUGGAUGGAUGGCAGCAUUAUUUGUUGGUUUGCAUUUUGCAUUGCUUGUAUAGGCGAUUUCAAGUUCAUUUGUGGAAUGGCAAUAUUGUGUUUUAUUGGGAGUGAUAUCGGUGGUUUGGCAUAUGGCAAUGGUCUAUGCGAGAAAAGUAAAUUUAUGAUUUCUAUCUAGUUACUUAAAUUUUCAUCAGUCUUGGUGUAUGGAAUUGCUGCAAGAUUCGGCAUCUACACUGCAUUUUAUAUACUAUUUUUGAACAUUAAAUUAGGUUGA